CGUUUCUCGUAACACUUAGUGUUAUGUCUGACCGGUGGCAUAUUCAUAAGCUCGUGACCCCGUAUCUAUCAUCUCCGGGUAUUUCUAUAGUGAAAAUAAAUCCUCGGCUUAUGGGUAAUAAACGUCGCCACGUCAGAGGACAACUUUGGAAUUUGCAUGGCGCUUUCUUCUAUAAAAAAUGGCAUAAAUAGGAUCAUAUUCUGAAGUCUUCUGCGAUGUUAGUUGGAGGAGCGGACAAGUUAAUUGUUGGUGUUUGGGUGAUACUUUGUUUUCAGUGCUCGAGAUUGACCGAAUCUACGGGAACAGGUCAGAAGGUUACCGUGCCGGAUUCCUCUCUAUCAGCACCAAGUAAAGUACAUAAUGAUAACAAGACAAGUUUAAGUGAUACCUUUACAACUGGUCUUCGAAAUAGUGCAGGAGACGCGUUGGGGAAUGUGUCUCACGAUAGUAGAGACAACAACACUAAGACGCUUACACAGGAAGAAACAAAAGCUAUAAGUGCGACAGGGAUUCAUAAUGAAAUAAAGGGAGGUAUUGAUAGCGAGAGUGGAAGGGUAAACACUCUUAGCGGUCAAACAAAUAGUGAUGGAGUAUUGCUCGCAGAGGAUAACGAAGUCGUCACAGUUAUUGAUAACGGCGUUGAGGUGAGCAGUGGAAGUGGGGAGUCUGGCGCUGAGGAGAGCACUCCGGGUAGCGCAGUGGACAGCUCGCAAGAAGGCACAGGGUAUGUCGAUGGCAAGAAGCUACGCAUGAUCAAGGAAGCCAUUAAAAGAAUCUUAAAGAACAACCGACGCCUUAAGAUACCAAAGGUCACGUCCUCGCCCGCGGGAAAGGGAGGUGAUGUGCGUGGUGUGACGAAGGGUAGGGUUGUACACGCGUAUGUGUCCGACCACAAGAACGAGGAACCUCAGGAAGAGUAUACGCCCGUUAGUAAGGACUCUUCUCAGCUUUACGGACCGCUUAGCGACUUGUACCCUCCGAGGCCGGAAAAGGAGGACCCAAUAUCCAGGGAUAUACUCCCGUACCAGUUGAUCGCGGACGAUCCACUCCAGGUUCCAUUCCAGGCCAUUCCUCCAAGGCGGGGUAUCCGAAGGCCAAUGUUCUUGUAUUACCCAGGAGACGAGGCGCCUGAUGAGCGGUUUAGGGUCCCUGACAGGUAUCCCAUGGAAUGGACUGGGCUGCAGCAGCAGAUGGAAGGUGGAGGAGGAGGCCUGAUUCCUAAUUAUCUGAGGAGUUUUCAAACGAUGCAAGAGUACCAAGGAUUGCAAGUGUACGGUUGUGAGCCUAACCCGUGCCUGCAUGAUGGUAAAUGUCACCGUACCCACCAUAGGACACGAAUCCGCUGCGUCUGCAUGCCUGGAUACACUGGUCAGCGGUGCCAGCGGGCUCUAAAGAAAGCUCGAUGUCAUCCAAAUCCAUGUCAGAAUGGCGGCUCAUGUACAGAUGUGAGGAACGGCUAUGAAUGUACCUGUUUAACAGGAUACAAAGGACACGACUGCGAGGCUGAAGCCCAGUGCAAGCAUGCCCCGUGCCAUAAUGGCGGCACUUGUACCGAAUUGCAUGAUGGUUUCCAGUGCACAUGUCCAUCUGGUUACCGAGGCAAUACGUGCAAAGAACAAAGUUUCUGCUAUAGCAACCCCUGUCGCAAUGGAGGCAAAUGUACCGAGACAGAUUCAGACUUCUUGUGUAUUUGCAAAGCUGGUUGGUCCUGUCAUGACUGCAGUUGUGAAGGAGAUGCAGAGUAUGGCAUCGAAGCUGCACAAAAAAGGACAUCUGAAGUCUGCCUCCCUGACCCUUGCCAUAAUGGUGGCUCAUGCUAUAUUGUGGAUGACAAGUUCAAGUGCUUCUGUCCGCCUGGUUUCAAAGGAGACUCAUGUGAACGGAAUGAUUUCUGUGCAUCUGACCCGUGUUUGAAUGACGGCACUUGCAAGGAGACUCCCGCCGGUUACCGGUGUAUGUGCAGGCCUGAAUUCCGCGGCAAAAACUGCGAAACGGAAAACCACUGCAAGCCUGUCAAUCCUUGUGAAAACAAUGGCCUUUGCAUCGAGACGCAAGACAACUACAGAUGUCACUGCAAGCUAGGUUACAAAGGCUUCAACUGUGAAGAACACGAGUAUUGCAGACCAAACCCCUGCAAAAGUGGCGGGGUCUGCCUUCCUGACAAUGAUACUUACAUGUGCACCUGCCCCCCGGGAUACAAAGGCAAACAGUGUGAAUCACGUGACAUGUGUGCCUCUGACCCGUGUCUGCACGCUGGGACCUGCCUUGAUAUGGACAAUAACACCUACAAGUGCCUCUGCUCACCUGAGUGGCGGGGCAACCAGUGUGAAGCCAAAAAUCCUUGCUACCCGAAUCCUUGCUCAAGCAAUGGCCAUUGCAAGGUCACAGAUGGUCACUGGGUGUGUGAAUGUGAACUUGGCUACAAAGGAGACUCUUGCCAGAUAAAGGACCUUUGCAAGCCAAACCCUUGCCAUCACCAUGGCGACUGCAUUCAACACGGGCCAGACUUCUUUGAGUGCGAUUGCAAGGAGGGAUACUCAGGAAACACCUGUCAAAACGUGGAUCCGUGUCUAUUAAACCCCUGUUUGUACGGAGGAACCUGCGAGAGGAGGGAGAAGAAUGAUUUCCGAUGCUUCUGUGCUGAAGGAAGAAUGGGGCAAUUUUGUGAUGUGCGUGAUCCGUGCUCGCCAAGUCCAUGUCAUAACAGCGGCAUGUGUUUUGGGCUGGAUAAAGGAGAUUACAAGUGUCAGUGCCGAAGCGGUUUCGUGGGACCCUUAUGUGACAUGAUCGACCCCUGUCUACCGAGUCCGUGUCGUAAUAAUGGAACCUGCGUUAACAUAGGUGCUUCCUACAAGUGCAAUUGUCCCCCUGAAUUCUACGGGAAGCACUGUGAAGCAUUAUCAAAGUGCACACCGAACCCAUGUAAGAACGACGGCACGUGCCGUGACAUCAGCACUGGGCGUGGCUUCGUGUGCUACUGCAGUAUUGCGUAUCUUGGUCCAAACUGCGAUAGAAAAAACUUGUGCCACCCCGACAACCCGUGUAAGAAUGGCGGUACGUGUAAGACAGACGGGUCCACGGUGGCUUGUCACUGCAAAGAGGGCUAUCUAGGUUCGCACUGCGAACAGAUGAACUUUUGCUACGGUAACCCAUGCAAAAAUAAAGGCACGUGCACGCCUAAGUUGGACGGAUAUGAGUGCGACUGCCCCGAGGGCUUCUAUGGGAAGAACUGCGACGCCAAGAGCGGUCCAUGCAUUCCGUCUCCAUGCAAAAAUGGUGGUCUUUGCGCGGAGGUGAAAUCUAAGGAUGGAUUUAUAUGCAUCUGCAAAGAAGGGUAUCUGGGGAAAACGUGCGACAGGGAGGAUAAGUGCACGCCCAAUCCAUGCCUACAUAACGGCACGUGUCUUCAGGCCCAGACCGCACGCGGUUUUCACUGUCUUUGUCACAAGGGUUGGCACGGGUACAGCUGUCAACGUGUGGAUCGGUGCUAUCCCAAUCCUUGCGCUAACGGAGCGACUUGUUUUAAUGCUGAGCUCACUUAUAUCUGUCAAUGCCCGGUACGUUACAUGGGCAUUCGAUGUAGAGUCGACAAGUGCGACAGGUGUGACCUUAAUGCAGAGUGCUUGAAUGGCACGUGUGAAUGUCGGUCAGGAUUUGUCGGAAACGGAUUCAAAUGCACAGCCACCGAAGAUCCAUGCAUACCUAACCCUUGUGAAAAUGGCGGGAUUUGUCGCCCGGGGCAUGGCGGGAAGGUUUUUGAAUGCAGCUGCCCUUCUGGCUUCGACGGCAUGCGAUGUGAAGUCACCAAGAGUGCAUGCAAGGCUCGACCCUGCCUUAACGGCGGCAUCUGUGUUGACCUCACUAACGAUAACGGCACGCUACUGGAUGGCGUUAUCUUUCUCAAUACCUCGGAUUUCCGGUGCGUGUGCCCCAAAGGAUACGCUGGCAUCAACUGCGACAAGCUUGUGCUCCGCAACCCCUGUCAUAAUCACCCCUGUGUAAAUGGUGGGACGUGCUUCGAUGACACCAAUAGUCAAGGGCUCUCGCUCAAGCUUCUGAACGCUUUGGACUACAGAUGCUUCUGUGAGAUCAACUUCAGUGGCAAAAACUGUCAAAUUCCCAGACCUCCCUGCCAGUCCUCGCCAUGUCAGAAUGGAGGCUUAUGUAUUGAUCGUAUCAGCGCACCGGAAGUAGCUUUUGGCGCCAAAGGCUACAAGUGUCUGUGUAACGCGCCGUACACUGGAACCAACUGCGAAGUCAAUUUGAAAUCACCGUGGAAGUCAAACCCACUCCUAGUUCCUGUUCAGCCUGCGCAAACUCUCAAGGGCUCAGAAGUACUGGGAGUCAUAGCAGAGACGAAACCCACAACCUCCCAAAUCAGCUCCGUGUCUGCCUCUGAGCUUUCUAGGCUGACGGGGGCAGAAAUAGGCGAGGCGGCCAAUAUGAAAGGCCCCUUGGUUAUUUCAACCAACCCCGAGUCUUCCUCUACAAACCAACCAAUCGCCGAGUCCGGGCCCGACGCUAGCGACACCGAGAACACGACCCACGCCUCCACCCAGGAGGUUGACCCAGAUCUCACGAAGGCUGUCAAGAUCCUUUCCAAUGAAAAGCAACCUUCAAUGUUCAAGAGCAUCGCGGUGUCUUCGGAAAACUCGGAGCACCCGAACUGGGUCAAGGUUGUAUCAAACGACCAACUAAAAGAGCCACAACCUCCCGCCACCCCUGUGAGACCAGACUCAGUGUCAAAUAUCCUGGUGCCCUCGACGACCGGUAUCUAUAGCAACCAAGGGCUUCUCGAAUCUCCUUCCUUAUUCAGCACAUCCCCGGUAACCGGUCCGGCUGUGGUGCUCCCUCCUGGGACACAGCCACCGGAUAAGAAAAACCAGCAAUAUUCCCCAGAAAGCCAGCUUACACCAAGCCAGUUUGGUGUAAUGUCCGGGAUUACAAUGCCCAGUAGCCAAAUGCCGUAUGGAUACAAAUACCCGCUUGAAAACAAUGCUGGUACAAAUGUCAAGGGUUAUAGUUCUGGAGGACAAAAUACCGGUGGUCUAAUUGCCGGAUACCCCGCAGCAAUAUACGGUUAUGGUAAUUAUGGUAGCGCGCCGAAAACUGUGGGAACUGAGAGUUACAAUUAUCCAAAUAUAGCAUCUUCAACAAGAACGUCAGUGCCAAACUCCGCUGAAAAAACAGAAAAUACAAUGCAGGGUCAAGCCACUAGUAAUACGCCUAAAUCUGACGACGAGACCGCAGAUGAUUCUCUGAGUGGAUUGCUGGCUCAGGCUCUUUUAAAAACAGCCCAAGAAACCCUUUCCGGAUCAUCCCAACCAGCUACUAACACUGUUGCCAAGUCCCGAAGUGAACCGAAGGCACAAUACUUACCAAACACAGCCGCUCAGUACAAAAGUCAAUCACUGGCUCAACCUUUACCAAACACCGCUGACAAAUAUCCAAUUAGAACGCAGGCUCAAGAAAACUUUCAGCCUCCAUAUCAAGAAACCCUUCCCGGAUCAUCCCAACCAGCUACUAACACUGUUGCCCAGUCUCGAAGUGAACCACAGGCACAAUACUUACCAAACACAUCUGCUCGUUACCAAAGCCCAUCGCUGGCUCAACCUUUACCAAACGCCGCUGACAAAUAUCCAAUUAGAACGCAGGCUCAAGAAAACUUCCAGCCUUCAAACCAAGAAACCCUUUCCGGAUCAUCCCAACCAGCUACUAACACUGUUGCCCAGUCCCGAAGUGAACCGCAGGCACAAUACUUACCAAACACAGCCGCUCAGUACCAAAGUCAAUCGCUGGCUCAACCUUUACCAAACACCGCUGACAAAUAUCCAAUUAGAACGCAGGCUAAAGAUAACUUCCAGCCUCCAUACCAAUACGGGUUAAAUAACAAUGUGUAUAACAAUGGAUAUAACAACAAUAACGGCUAUAAUAGCAAUGGGUAUAACAAUGGUUAUAACUACAAUAACGGCUAUUAUAAUGGAUAUUAUGACAGAUAUAAUAGAAAUAAUGGAUAUUACGGUAGAGGAGCCGCGAGGAGUGCUGUAACCAAUCGUAGGAAGGAUGAGACCGUGUAUAACACCCCUAAUGGACGUGGCAGGCCAUCAACCUACAUCAAGAAAGACAAGGUGGCGUCAAACCCGAGCGCUACUAAAGAAUAUGGAGCUGAAGUCUACACAGUCUACGACGUUAUCAACUGAAAACAGAAUAGUAGUUCUAGGAAAAAGGUAGAGGACAAUUAAUACAAUACUACACUUCGAGAUCCGAUUCUCUCAUAACGCGUGGGUCAAGAAAUUCCACAUAAAUUUGCAAGACUUCGUGUUUGCUAUGAUUUUUCUGGGCGCCAUUGAUAAAAAAGGAACGCUAAAAUUUUGUAUUAUGAUAUGUUUUCCGAGCGCUCGCCCCAUCAGACUCAGGGGACUUAUAAGACAUUUUAUUUAAAAAAAACAGUCAUUUAUUGAUACAUUACUUAGCACUCACGCGUAUUUUCUACGUCUUUACAAGGCGUAAGUUUGCAUGUUAUUUGCUAAUGCAAUUUGCUUUAUCUAGUGACAAAUAAUUGGAUCAAUUUGAUGGAGUUAGAAACGUAAAAACUAAUAUGGCUAAAGUUUCAGUUUCACACAACAAGAUGAAACUAAGAUGCCAAAGAACUAUAUAAAUGUGAACACAAAUCUAGUAAAUCAUAAUACCAUAAUGUUGAGCAGUAUUUAUAUGACGUAAACUGUGUUGUAUUUUGGGUAAAUGUUAGCCUCGUCGGCUGUGUGUUAAAAAUACGCAAUGUUGUACGUUGAUCAUUGAAGAGAAUAAACAGACAAAAGACGAAAUACACUAAUAACAAUAUGAGUUUAACAAGUGUUUAGUUUUAUUGAUAUGUAAAAUGUUUUUAAUUUAAGAAUAAAAACACAUAAAAAACCGGG